ACUUGUGAGAUUUUAUAUGUAUAAGAAAACAUAAAAUUUAAAAGGUUCAAAUUGUAUGUUCAAACAAUACUCUCAACUUUGUCUCAAAUGAUUUAAUAGUAUGACCAAAUGGGUCAGCCCAUUUGAGAAACCCAAACUUGAAUUUGUACGAUCAUCUAGUCCCAAAAUUUAAAUCCUUUGACCGUUGGCGCCACGAAUCAUGCUAUUUCCCAUCUUCUCCAAACUUACAAAACUCUAAACAGGUUAAAAUCAGUCCACGCCCAUUUAUUAGUAUGUGGGUCCACUGCCUCGUCAUACCUCAUAUUGAACAAAAUCAUUCGCCUUUACUCUCGUUUUGGUGCCACAGAUUAUGCUCAUAAGAUGUUCGAUGAAAUUACUGAACGAAACCCUUUUCUUUGGACUUCUAUGAUUCAUGGGUAUGUUGAAAAUUCUCAGCAUACUGAAGCUUUUUAUGUUUUCCGGGAUAUGCGUGUGCAAGAUAUCACGCCUUUGAAUUUCACUAUAUCAUCUAUACUGAAGGUGUUUGGACGACUGAAAUGGUCGAGAGAUGGUGAGAGGAUGUUUGGGUUUAUUUGGAAAUGUUGGUUAGGUUUUGAUUUGAUAAUGCUGAAUUCUGUGACUGACUGUUUCAUGAGAUGUGGGGAAGUUGAUUGUGUGAGAUGAGUAUUUGAUGAGAUGGAGGAAAAGGAUGUUGUUUCUUGGAACUUAAUGAUAUCGGGUUAUGUGAAUAAUAGAAGACUUGAAAUUGCACUAGAGUUGUUCGAUAGCAUGGAUGAGAAAAAUGUAGUUUCUCGGACUAGUGUGAUAUGUGGCUAUGUUAGGAAGGGAAAUAUGGUAGAGGCUAGGAAUAUUUUUGAGGCUAUGCCUACUAAGGAUAUGGCUGCUUGGAAUGUGAUGAUUUCGGGGUACACUGAUGUUGGUGAUGUGCACACAGUGAGCUUUCUAUUUCAGGCAAUGCCAAACCGUGACACUGGAAUAUGGAAUUUGAUGAUAUCAGGGUAUUGUAAGGAGGGUGAGUUGGAAAAAUCAAAGGACUACUUUGAACAAAUGCUCCGUAGGAAUGUGGUGUCGUGGACUAUGAUGAUAGAUGGCUAUGUUAAGUCUGGGAAAUUGCAUGAAGCAAAGUGUUUAUUUGAUGAAAUGCCGGAGAAAAAUCUCAUUACAUGGUCUACCAUGAUUAGUGGUUAUGCUAAGAAUGGGAAGCCUUCUGCUGCCUUAGAAUUGUUCAAAAACUUUAAAAAGCAGAGUCUUGAUCUGGAUGAGACUUUUAUUUUAGGUGUCAUCUCAGCCUGCUCUCAAUUAGGGAUUGUAGACGCAGUUGAGUCAGUAAUAAGUGAUGAUGUAGGAUCCAGAUAUUUUUCUGAUUCACAUGUUGUUAACAGUCUAAUAGACCUCUAUGCGAAGUGCGGAAAUAUUGAGAAAGCCUUGCAAGUAUUUGAAGUGGCGGAUAAAAAAGAUUUCUGUUGUUAUAGUACAUUGAUUGCUGCGUUUGCUAAUCAUGGUUUAGUUGAAAAAACAGUGUCUUUAUUUGAGGAUAUGCAAAGAAAGAACUUUGAUCCUGAUGAAGUAACUUUUCUUGGGAUUUUGAGUGCUUGCAACCAUGAAGGACUUGUCAAUGAAGGGAGGAGGUACUUUAAACAAAUGGCUGAAGAAUUCAGAAUCCAGCCCACAGAUAAACAUUAUGCAUGCAUGGUUGAUAUCCUUGGCCGUGGUGGGUUCCUUGAGGAGGCCCAUGAAAUGAUAUUGAGUAUGCAUGUGGCACCCACAUCAGCCGUUUGGGGUGCAAUGCUUGCAGCUAGCAAUGUUCACCGUAAUGUCCAGUUGGCUGAAAUUGCAUCAUCUGAGUUAUUCAAGAUUGAGCCUGAGAAUUCUAGAAAUUGCAUUCUCUUGUCUAAUAUUUAUGCUGCUGCAGGAAAAUGGCGUGAUGUAGCUAGAGUAAGGGCACUGAUUAGAGAGCACCACGUGAAAAAAAUUGGGGAUCUAGCUGGAUUGAGCUGGGUUCUGCAGUGCCUGAGUUUGUAAGGGGAGAUGUAUCACAUGUGGAUGCAGACAGGUUAUGCUUCAUAUUGAGUCUACUAAAAGAAGCUAUGAAGCUUUCAGGCUAUAUAAAAGAUAAGGAUCUGCAUCCAAUUUCGAUGGUAUACCCUCUUAUCUAUCUCUUUCAAGUGAUACUGAAAUGGACGAGGAACUCUUUUGAAUGAUCUCUGCCACAACAUGCUGAGAAAAUCAUGUUUUGGAUGAUAUGUUCGUGAAAAUGGUGAAAAAAGGUGUUUUUGGCCACUUUUGGAGCAAUAAUGGAUAUUUGGGAUGUUUCUGGAUUGAUCGUGAUUAAUGCAUGUUCGUGAGCUGAAGAAGAGCUGAAAAACUAACUCCUGGCACCUACUAAGUUGACCUACGAACCGCAUGUAGACAGAGCAGGUGCCAGAAACCCAAAAUCUUGGGAGAUGACUUGCUGGAAAAUGCUCCAUCCGCAACCUGCGAUCUGCACCUGCGCCCUGUGCCAGUCCGCAGGUACCACCUACGCCCUGCCAGACCGCAGGUAUAGAGAGCAAGUGGCCACCGAUCCUCGGGCUUUGUUUUUAGGUUUUCUCUUGUACUAUAAAUACCCCUUAUGUACUUUUUAGUAGAGGUUUCACACUUUUAACGCUUAAAAACAUAGUUUGAUUUCAAGAUCCAUCUUUGAUCUUGGGAUUUCUCUGUAUUGACUUUGAUUGGUUAUUUAGUUUAUGGUUGUGGGUUUUUAUUCAUCUUA